CGUGAGGAUCUGGCGUUGCGAAACGACUCGCGGUGAGGGACGGGAAGAGGAAUACCUCGGGGUCGAAGUCACCUCGACGAGUGCAUCGGGCACCGAUCGGCUCGGGGUGGAUCGGUCUUGAGGGACAAUGCCGUCUAAGUACAGUUACCAACCUUGCCGGGAAUUCAAUGUGGUGGUUCUAGGUGCAGGCGGCGUCGGGAAGAGUUGUCUGACUGCCCAGUUUGUUCACAAUGAAUGGAUUGAGAGCUACGACCCCACCAUUGAAGACUCGUACAGGACGCAAAAGUCUGUCGAUGGCCGUCAAGUAGUGUUAGAGAUUCUUGAUACAGCUGGCACGGAGCAGUUCGUUGCCAUGCGAGAUCUCUACAUGAAAACGGGUCAGGGCUUCCUCUUGGUAUUCAGCAUCGCCUCGAAAACCUCGUUCGAGGAACUCGAGACGCUGCGGGACGACAUCAUUCGCAUCAAGGAUGACGAAGACAUCCCAAUAGUCAUUGUUGGGAAUAAGGCCGACCUGGAGGAUCAACGGGCAGUGGAUCGUGCCAAGGCCUUCGCCCUCUCCCAACGAUGGAAUGCGCCUUACUAUGAAGCCAGCGCGAGGACGCGGACCAACGUCGACGAGGUUUUCAUUGACCUCUGCCGGCAAAUGUUAAGGCGGGACGACUAUCAUGACGACGGCCGCGACGACCCCUAUCCACAUCGAGCGGAUGAUCUGACCGCCAAGAGACGCCGCAGGAAGAAACGAAAGGAGAAGUGCACCAUCCUAUGAUGAGUCUCCCUUCCGGCUUGUCGCGUUUCUAGAGGUUCCGCUUGUCGCCCGCGAUGAACCAGACACGAGCUAUGAACAACGGAUGACCUAUGGAUGCCCGUCAUGAUGGAUACGAGCUCGGACGGCCAGGAGUCUGACUGUAUAAAUCCUGUCGCUUUACACGUUAAAAUGACAUUGGCGUUGGUAGUGACCAUUUCGUGCCUUUGUGAUUGGGUCUCGGUCCGGGAGGAUGAUGGUGGGCGGGGGAC